AGCUUAAUCUCAAAUAUUGACAAACACACAAAUUAUAAUCCAAAUUAUUUAUGAAAUCUGUUCACGUCGAUUGCAAUUUCUAAACAAAGCAGACAGUUAAUAGAUCGGUGACCUGAGAUUGUGGAAUCUAAAUGCUAAUCGCCGGGAUUCGGGGGCUUCCGGUACUUCUCCUCGACGACUUUAGCCUUGAACAAAGCGGCCUCGAUGGUUUUCCGGAUGUUGGGGACAUUGUAGUUCUGGGCGAUGUAUAUUCCGCAAAGUGUCCCAGAUAUGAAGAUGAAAUUGUUCCUGAUUAUUCCCAUGGCUCUCCGGCGGCUCUAACUUCAGUGAGAUGAGGUGAACAGAUGAUUAAUUCCGGUACCGGAAAUAUAGAUCGCCUUGAUGACCGAAGUCACCGAACGAUUUCACCGUUUUGACGGGAUACUCAUUUUAGGACGUUGUUUGGUAAAGGUUUUCUUUGGGAGGAAGAACAUUUCUUGUGAGCAAAGCCUAUUUGGAUAAAAUUCAAACCAGGUA